AUGGCCGAUGCAGGGGAGGAGGAAGUGCCGAGGCUGAGGAGCACGAUAUAUCGAGUUCUGUCAGGAGAUCAAGAGUGCUCGCGUGCGGAGGAGAAGAGCUCUGCGCCGGCCGCGGCGCGGAGAGGUGAAGGAAGUGAGAAGGAGUGGAGGUGGCGAGAGAGAAAUUCUGGUGACAAAUCAAAUUUGAAAGAAAAUGAUGGACCAGCAAAAAGCAGCAACGAGAAGUUCUCAGUACUGAAAGAAGUGAGAGCAUGCCCCCCUACUCCUCAGAGGAUCCCCUCCCCUUCAAACCGCCGCCCUCGCAAAGCCGGAACUAAUCCUGCAAGCUCUCCUCUGAGUAAACCUCUCAAACCUAAAGAGAGGGGGAUACUGAAGGAGCUGGAUCAGAGGAAAGAGGAGGAGAAGAAGCCAUUGGUUUCUAAAGAUGAAGAAUGCAACAGGGCUACUGAUGUUGGUCAUGAGGGAGGUGAAGGUAGUUCGAUGGAUAUGUUUUGGUUCUUCAAGCCUUGCACUUAUUUGGUCAAGUGAGUGAGUUUUGUGUUCUCAUGAAUUGAUAUGAUACAGUGGUAAAUUACUGAGAGACUGGGGGAUACAUGUUCAAAAUAAUAUAUAGGUGAUUCAUUAUUUGUUUUAAAAAAAAUCCAUAGUUUUUUUUAAAGGAUGUGUGAAAUUGUUACCAAUAGUUGAUAGGUGAUUCGUUAUUUGUUCUGAAGGAUGUGCGAAAUUGUUACCAAUUCGUUAUUUGAUUCGUUGUUUGAAAUCAAGUGUAGUGUUCUUUAUAGGUUCUUGAUUACAUAAGGGAGUUAUUCUACUUCUUGAAUGAUUUCAAUCACUUUGAUGUCUCACUUUCGAGUUUA